AUGUCCACUGCAGUAGAUAUUGGUAAGUUGGAAGAGCUUACAGUAGCACCAUUGACAGCUGAUCGAGUAGCUGCUGUCUCUGUAUGGAUUGAUAUAGAUGCCAAAUGUGCAUCGCUUGCAUUGGCACUUUUGUUGCUUAAACUUGUACUUUCAUGCACCAAUAACUUGGCACCUUUAUCCUUUUCAUGA